AUGAAAGCCAAGUCUUUUAUCUUCUUAUGCUUAUGUGCACUGCUUAUUAUCUCUAUUUUGGCGAUUGAGCCUUCUGAAUACGAUCCAAUAUUUCCCAACCAUGAAGAAGAGGGCAGCAGUGGACAUGAUUGUACAUGUGGAAAAGGAGGUGGCGGUGGAGGAGGGGGUGGUAAAGGAAGAGGAGGUGGUAAGGGAAGAGGUGGUGGCGGUGGAAAAGGAGGAUGUGGUGAACAUGCGAUACCCGGUGGUGAAAGCGUCGUGCCGAUUCCCGACAGUCGAAAGUGGGGCGAUGGUUUGGGAAGCAAAUACGACAUGGAGAAAACCUCCAUGGAAAAUUAG